GCUGGUCUGCGUGAUGUUAGCAGAGGCCAGCUGCUCAUGGACUGCAGUCGUGGAGUUAAAAAAAGUCAAACAUUUUGAAAGGUUCUGUCAUAUUGACGAGGCGACUGGAAUCAAAAGCAGACUCGGAGCACAAUUCCAGGAAUUUACAGUUUAUUGAAAGGCUGAUGGAGCAGAGGGCAGACCAGGGAGUGGAUUUCCAGGCAGGCAGUGAGCUGAGCUCAGGGAGAGCAAGGACCUCUUCAGUCCAUCAGGUCUUCAGUCAAUCAGGUCUUCAGUCAAUCGGGUCUUCAGUCCAUCAGGUCUUCAGUCAAUAAGGUCUUCAGUCAAUUGGGUCUUCAGUCCAUCGGGUCUUCAGUCAAUCGGGUCUUCAGUCAAUCGGGUCUUCAGUCCAUCAGGUCUUCAAGUUUUCAGUCCAUCAGUUGAAAAUGGCCGCCAGCUCACCGAGAGACAAGUAUUUUGGCGUCUGGCUGAUCUUCUUCACGCUCGGUUUGGGGACGCUGCUGCCCUGGAACUUCUUCAUGACUGCUACCAUGUACUUCACCAGCCGUCUGAAGGACUCCUCAAUGAGUCAUUCUUCAGCCAAUCAGACGGAGGCAGCAGGUGAGCAUCGGAGCGUUCUGGAGGCCAAAUUCAACAACGUGAUGACGCUGUGCGCCAUGCUGCCGCUGCUCCUGUGCACUUGCCUCAACUCCUUCCUGCACUCACUUGUUUCUCAGCGCCUCCGUGUGAUGGGCAGUCUGCUCGUCAUCAUGUCCGUCUUCAUGGUCACCGCCGUCCUCGUCAAAGUUCCUCUGGAGCCGCUGCCAUUCUUCUCCGUUACCAUGGUGAAGAUCGUCAUCAUCAACUCCUUUGGGGCAGUGCUGCAGGGGAGUUUGUUUGGGAUGGCUGGGCUGCUGCCGGCUUUGUAUACGACUCCCAUAAUGAGCGGUCAGGGACUCGCUGGAACAUUCGCCGCCUUCGCCAUGAUUUGCGCCAUCGCAAGUGGUUCAGACCUUCAGGAUGCAGCAUUCGGUUACUUCAUUACAGCCUGUGUUGUUAUUUUUCUGUCCGUCCUCUCCUACGUCCUGCUGCCUAAACUGGAGUUUUUCCAGUUUUAUCAGGAGAGAAACAGGAAACAGAGAUCAGACAAGGAGAACUCAGUAAAUCUGAUGAACACAGAGAGUAAAGGUGAAGCAGCUGAUCAGAACCAACAUCAGAACAUCUCCGUGAUGACCAUCUUUAAGAAGAUCUGGCGGCUGGCUCUGUUGGUCUGUUUCACCUUUACCGUCACCAUCGGCACGUUUCCCGCCAUCACCGCCGACACCAUAUCCACCCUAGCUGAUGGAGGCUCCUGGGACCAGUAUUUCAUCCCAGUCAGCUGUUUCCUUCUCUUUAACCUGUGUGACUGGUGUGGGCGGAGCUUAACGGCCGUCUGUAUGUGGCCUGCAAAGGACGGCCUCUUACUUCCUGUGUUCAUCGUUUGCCGCCUCGCCUUCGUCCCUCUCUUCAUGUUGUGUAACGUUCAGCCUCGUCUUCACCUGCCUGUCUUCUUUCUUCACGACGGCUGGUUCAUCGUCUUCAUGAUUCUCUUCGCCUUCAGUAACGGAUACCUGGCCAGCCUGUGCAUGUGCUUUGGACCAAAGAACGUUCUUCCUCAUGAAGCGGAAACAGCUGGAACCAUCAUGGCGUUCUUUCUGUCUCUGGGUUUGGCUUUAGGAGCUGCUCUGUCCUUCCUCUUCAGAGCACUGGUCUAACUGGGAAACUACAUGUGGAUGACUGGUUAAACUGGAUCACUAGCUGUCUGCCACUGGAUUAACAACACUGUAGUUGUCACUGGUCUGACCGUAAACAGUGAAGCCUGUUAAAGACAUGAGGCCUGGCAGGACAAUAACUGGGUGCAUACAUAUUGUUAUUAAUGUUUAGUCAUAGAAACAGAGUGUUUAAUGUUGUUUUCUUCAUGUCUGACAAGGACAUUUCCACAAAUAUUAAAUAUAUUUAAAGUCACUGAAUAAACCAG